GGGAGAAUCAGAGAUGAACUCGUAGGACGUCAGCAGAUUUAUUUUAUUUGUUCUAUCCAGGAUGGAAGCCCUGCUAAUGUAAAAAAUGGGAGACUGGAACUUCCUGGGGGGGAUCUUGGAGGAGGUGCAUAUCCACUCCACCAUGGUCGGCAAGAUCUGGUUGACCAUCCUGUUUAUUUUCCGGAUGCUGGUGCUAGGUGUGGCCGCCGAGGAUGUGUGGAACGAUGAGCAGUCCGACUUCAUCUGCAACACGGAGCAGCCUGGCUGUCGAAACGUCUGCUACGACCAGGCUUUCCCCAUCUCCCUGAUCCGCUACUGGGUGCUCCAGGUGAUCUUUGUGUCCUCCCCCUCCCUGGUCUACAUGGGCCACGCCAUCUAUCAGCUGCGUGCACUGGAGAAGGAACGCCACUGCAAGAAGGUGGCUCUGCGCCGGGAGCUGGAAGCCGUUGAUGCAGAGAUGGUGGAGGUGAAGAGGAGGAUCGAGAAGGAAAUGAGGCAGCUGGAGCAGGGGAAGCUGAACAAAGCCCCACUGAGAGGCUCCCUGCUGUGCACCUAUGUAGCCCACAUUGUUACUCGCUCUGUGGUGGAGGUGAGCUUCAUGACUGGUCAGUACAUCCUCUAUGGACACCGCCUGAGCACGCUGUAUAAGUGUGAGAGGGACCCGUGUCCCAACAUGGUGGACUGUUUUGUCUCCAGACCCACGGAAAAAACCAUCUUCAUGAUGUUCAUGCAAGCCAUCGCUUGCAUCUCCCUCUUUCUUAGCCUGCUGGAGAUAAUGCAUCUAGGGUUCAAGAAGGUCAAGAAAGGUAUUCUCAACUACUAUCCCCACCUCAAGGAUGAUCUGGAUGACUAUUAUCUGAACAAGUCCAAAAAGAACUCUGUUGUCCAUCAAGUUUGCGUUGGAACUUCGGUCGGACGCAAGAGCACAAUUCCCACUGCUCCCAGUGGAUACACAUUACUGCUGGAAAAACAGGGCAAUGGACCCAACUACCCCCUACUCAGCGCCUCCUCUGCCUUUGUGCCUAUACAAGGGGAUCUCGGCGCAAAGCCGGACAGCCACAAGGACACCAAAGAGGGAGUGCCAAGUCCCACAGAGCAGAACAGCAACUCUAACAACACAAGCAGUGAGACACGCUCACCUCCUGUGGACAAAGAAGAUGAACCAGAGGAGCUGUCCUCAACCCACCAUGAUGAACUGGAAUGUGGGAGCUCUGAGUACCCUACUCUUCCUGUGGCAGACACUUCAUCCUCCACCACAUUGUCUGGCAUGACGAGGAAGAUACGAAGGCUCAGUCCACCAUGGAACUGUUCAACGGUGGUGGAGGGAAACUGCUCAGACAGUGGAGACUCCUACCGCGGAAACGGCAGCAUGAAGCUACGCAGCAGCGUUGCCGGCCCCAGAGCCAGAAUCGUCUCCAAGUCAGACACGAAAAGGCCGAGCAGGUCCCAGAGCCCAGACUCUGUCGGGGAGCUGAGCUCAAUGUCUCGACAAAGCAGGGAGAGUAAUAGUCCUGUCACUUCCUCUCCGAACAGGAGAGUUUCAGCAGCAAGCAGUGGGAGUAGCAGACGUGCCCCAACAGACUUGCAAAUUUAA